AUGUAUUCUCUUGAUCAGCGUGCAUUGAAAACCACAAAAUUUGUCAUUAUCACACUCGCUAGCACGUUUAUUUCAUUAUUUUUUGUUCUCUUCUAUUUGCAUCAUGCGAGCACGAGUGACGCCUUCGGUCUUUUGACUUUUGACUUUACAUUUUCUAAUAACCCUGCGUUGGAGGAGCCGGUCUCUGACAACAGUAAUAUUGAAACCCAUGGAGAACUACCAGAAGUGGACAAUUACGAAUACGAUGUUGAGUUGGUGGUUGCAAGCUUGAGUCAACAGAAUACUUCCUGGUAUUUGAAAUAUUUUCCGGAUUGGAAAUCCAACAUCUACAUUGUCGAUGAAGCCGCCGCGCCUUUGACUGUGCCGCAAAAUAAAGGUAAUGAGGCGAUGGUCUACCUAACGUACAUAAUUGACCGCUAUGACUCUCUGCCCAACAAUACACUCUUUCUUCAUGCGGAGAGAUUCCAAUGGCACAACGAUAACCCUGAUUACGACGGCUACCCAUUACUACGUGACUUUCAAUUCAAUUAUCUACAGGAAGAAGGCUACGUGAAUCUGCGCUGCGUGUGGACGAUCGGUUGCCCUGUAGCAAUCCAUCCAUUCGAGGACGAGGUUAUCAGUCAACAGCACCAGGACCAGACAACUGGUGAAAUAUACAAGCAGGUAUUCGAGGAGCUGUUACCGGAGCACCCCAUCCCUAACGAAGUUGGGGUAAGCUGCUGUGCCCAGUUUGCUGUCACAAAAGACGUGAUUCGUCAGCGACCAAAGAAGGACUAUAUGCGGUUCCGAGACUGGCUGUUGAAUACACCGAUUCAGGAUGGGCUGAGUGGACGAUUCUUCGAGUACUCCUGGCAUAGUAAGUCCUCAUCACCACCCCAGUCUUCUUCGUAG